GAUUCCGAAAGAGCCCAUCUUGCCGCUGGUUCAGCCAUCAUUCAUUUAAACGCUAAUGUAUAUCUAGAAGUCAAAAAAAUUAUCCACGAGGACCUUGAAGAAAAGUUUGAAGAAAGCGCUCCAAAACGUCGAGCUUUCUUUAUGAUUCCAGACCCAGAUUUGUCUGAUGAAAUUGGUGAAGAAUCGUCCGCCUCUUGGCUCGAGCUUUUUGGUGAUGUGUUCUAUGUUGGCUGGUUGACGACUUUUACGCAUCACAAUCAUAUUGUGGACGGCUCUACAUUGGCCAACUAUGUCGGUUGGUUCGUUGUUAUGUGGUGGUCUUGGUGUUCCAGCGCCCUUUAUUCGUCGCGAUAUGAUACUGGAGACGUUGUGCACCAUAUCUAUAAGGCUAUUGAGCUUUGUGCAUUGGUUGGCAUGGCCGGUGCUUCAAACACCUAUUCAACUGAAAACCAUUUUGGAUUUGUCCUUGGAUAUAUUGUAUCAAAGGCUGUUCUUAUGGUUGAGUACAGCGUAGUUUUAGCUGUUGCAAUUAUCACUGGUUCUCAUGGAAAAAAGCCUCUUGCUGCCUAUGUGGCUGUCAAUAUGCUAUCUAUUAUUCUAUGGGGUGUUUCCUUGAUAUUCCCUGGUGACGAUGAAAGAGGAAGUCGCUUUGCUUUGUGGUAUGUGAGCAUCCUUGUUGAACUUCUUGUCAACGUCGCCAUGAAGAAAAACAAGCAAGUAUCCGUCGCGGGCAGCCAUCUUGCUGAAAGAUUCGGUCUCUUCACUCUUAUUAUCUUGGGUGAAAACUUGAUGGGCUUCAUUACCCUUGUGUCCGAAGCUAGCUCUGACGAUAUCAAGCUCAUGUAAGUGCUGCUUUUCAAUUAUUACUUUCCUUGUUUAUUGACAUUGACGCAAACAAACAAACCAAAUUAAAUUAAUAUAGUUGCGCCAACAUGAUGGGUGUCAUUUGCAUCUUUGGAUUCUUCUUCAUGUGCUUUGAUGA